AUGGCGCUCGGCAACAUCGCCGUCGUGCUUGGCUCCGGAUAUCUGAGCACUAUUCUUACAGGAGGCGACGCCAAGAAAGUCCCUAUCAUCGGGGACACGCUUGCCCAUUUUGUGAAGAAUAAUGGAAAGCACGGCAAAGACGGCAGUAGCGAUCAGUUGGCGUCUCAGCUCAACAGUAUCAAGGAGGAGGUACAUCGAGCCGUACGCCGUAGAGACGAGAAUGUUACGGUUAUCUCCGACAUAUCAGGGUCUGGUUCGUAUACCAUAACAGCAAUUGUUGUUGCUGGGCUUAUAGGCUACGCAUACGUCAGGUGGAAGGGUUGGAAGAUUUCUGACAUGAUGUGGGUGACGAAGCGCGGUCUAGCCGAUGCCUGCGAUGUCGUGGGUAAACAGUUAGAUGAUGUUUCAAAUACAGUACAGGUUACGAAGAAACAUCUUUCCGGGAGGAUCGACCGGGUCGAUGCUAAUCUAGAUGAAACACAAGAAAUUAUCGAAGGGACAAGGAAUGAGGUCGCAGUGAUCCAUGUGGAUCUGAGCGCCUUUCAGAAGGAGCUCCAAGAAGUCAGCCGUACGGUUGAGAUAUGGGGGUCAAGGCUGUCUGGUAUCGAGGACACCCAGGAUCGUACCGUGCGUGCAACCGAAGCCUUGGUUGGAUUCAGCCAACAACUGGAACAUGGUGGCCAGAAUCCCAACAUUCGUCGGGUCUCAUCGUUCCUGCCAGCUCUAGGAUCCUCCUCUUCAGAGCAAAGCAUCAAUAAAAUGCUGCCGCCGUCUCCUCUUCCGUCUCUUCAAACGGUCAAAUCAGUAGCCGAGCCUAGCGAGGAUGAAAGCCAGGAGAACCACAAGGUGUUGCCCUCGAGUGAAGGAAGCAUGAGGUGGAAGCUACCUGGACUUGGGCUUGGCUUUCUGAGGAGUUCAUCUGAUGUAUAG